AUGAGCUCAACCAACUUCGCCGCCGCACAAGAGCGAGUUCUUGAACGCCGUCGUCUACGAGAAGCCGAAGCGCGCGCACGCCAUGCAGCUCAGCAGCGGGCGGCUCCGAUCAGCCCGGCCACCGUCCAGCGUCUUCCAUACCCGUUGAAUCGAUUGCCGAGCUCUGGAUGGCGGAUAUGGAACUCUAUCAAUGGGCGAGAUGGCACGAAACCUGCAUUCCGCGUGGGACAGGUGGAUGCCGAAUUGUUAGAUGAGGAGCUGCUCGGCUUGAUGAAGGGUCAGGUCGGGGAUGCCCUCAAAUACUUCGGGCCUCAGAUACGGGAAGAUUGGUCGCAUGAGAUUCUGUUCGCAUUGCGGGCGAUUCUCUUCAAGCUAUCGAUAUGGGACCACAAUGCGUCAUAUGGUGCGGCUCUGCAGGGCCUCCAGUAUACCGACAGUCGCAGCAAGGGCCCAGUCCAUUCACCUCCAACGAAAUGGCAGAAGAGUAUAUAUGGCUUAUUGACAGUUGGAGGGCGAUAUGCUUGGGACAAGUGGGAGAGUUGGUUGAUCGGACAGGAAGGCGGUUACGAUGAGCCAUCACAGGAUAUCCGCAUGCUGUCCCGACUAACGGACCUAAUUUCUACCUCGCACUCGAUCGCCGCCUUCGUCUCUUUCCUUGUAUUCCUUGUGAACGGCCGCUACCGCACCCUGGUCGAUCGCAUCCUCCGCAUUCGCCUUACUCCACCGUCUGCGCAGGCCAGUCGGGAGGUGUCCUUCGAAUACCUGAACCGUCAACUUGUAUGGCACGCGUUUACCGAAUUCCUUCUUUUCCUCCUUCCUCUUGUUGGAAUCAGUCGCUGGCGGCGGUGGAUUUCUCGCGCUUGGCGAAAGAUGAUAUCUUCUCUCAGGUCAAGCGGCGAGGAUGAUGAGCCUUCCGAAAAGCAAGGGGAGCUGGCCUUCCUCCCGGAACGGACUUGCGCGAUCUGCUACCGCGACCAGAACCCAACCACGACGACUGAAACAGAUGUAAUGGCGGCCUCUACAUCAGGUGGCAUUGCUGGAUCUGCCCAGACUGACAUCACAAAUCCAUAUGAGACGGUUCCUUGUGGUUGUAUCUACUGUUUCGUCUGCAUCGUGCAGAAACUGGAAGGCGAAGAGGGCCAAGGAUGGGUUUGCCUCCGUUGUGGUGAAAUUGUCAAGAAGUGCCAGCCUUGGAAUGGCGAUGUCCUUGAAGAGGCUCGCUCACAGCCUGGCACAGGAAAGAUUGUCGGGUUUGCCAUGGACGAGGAGCCGGAUGAGGCUCGUGGGAUCGAUCAUGAUCAAGGAAUCUCCGAACAGUCCAGCCCAUUGGAGGAGAUCACUGCCGACGAGUCCCUUCAGCACUCAAACCAAUGGUCUGCCGUUGAGAAAGAAGACGAAGAAACCACGGAAACAAACGGAGAUGUCAAGCCAACUUCGGCGUGA